AGUGAAAGAGGAAGAAGAAGGAUGAAACAACAAAUAAAUUACAUUAAAUGUAUUCGAUUGAUUCGAAUGGUGGGGAGGGAUAGGUGAAGUGCGAUAUCGUCGCGUUUCGCGAGAUAAGAAAAAGGAAUCGAAGCGGAUUAAUAAACAAGAUCCAUUCGAAGCUGACCAAGCAUCAGUGCGACAUCGUUGAUUCGUCUUAAAAAACGAAAAAAAAAACACACUGGGUGUCGUCUUUUUCUCCGAGUCGAGGGUGUGAGAUCUGCGCGUAAAGAUUUGGUCCAAAAUUUCAUACCUGGGAGGCUGGUGGUGCGCGUUAAUGAGCUCGAUUUCUUGACAUCGAAUCAAAAACUAACAAAUAAUAUGAGCAAAAUGUUGUUACGGACUAAGAAAUAUAAGGUGGCUGUGGUGUUGAAGAUCAUCGCAGUUGUUACGAUCACGAUGACUUACGUCAUCAUCGGCGGUUUGAGCAGCGGCAAGACGAUCCACGAGAAGAACAUUGAGAAGUACAAUUCAAGGAAUCUCCUAAAUUUGGUGGAAGGCAUCAACUGCACGCCGGCCGCAAUAAACGAGUUUCCUGAUGAUGGAUUUACGAGGAAUCAGAGGCAGAGCGGAUGGGCCAUACUUCACGCUUGCCUUGCAUGUUACCUCUUCAUACUUUUGGCUAUCGUUUGUGAUGACUAUUUUGUCCCAGCUAUAAAGAAAUUAUGCGAUAAUUUGAAGCUGAAGGAAGACAUAGCUGGAGCGACUUUCAUGGCGACAGCGAGUUCCAGUCCUGAGCUCUUCAUAAACUGCGUCGGAACGUUCAUCACCGAAGGCGAUAUUGGGGUUGGAACGAUUGUCGGUUCAGCCGUCUUCAACGUCCUCGCGGUUCCCGCGUGCUGCGGCCUUUUCGCCAAUAUGGUGUUGCAAUUGGAAUGGUGGCCGAUAACCAGGGACAGCUUGAUGUACGGAGUGGCCGUUCUGAUGUUGAUCGGCGUACUGAGAGAUGGACAAAUCGAGUGUUGGGAGGCUGCAAUGCUGGUAUCAGCCUACAUCUUUUAUAUUCUAAUGAUGUGCUUCAACGAUAAAGUCAUCAAUACCAUCCAUAGGAUAGCGAGAUGUUGCAGGAAACGCAGGAAUCAUUUCAAGGAGGUCAUGAGUGAGACUCGACCACUUCUGAAGGAGAACGGAAACUGUUGCAAGACGAACGGGAAUUCUAUUAGCAUCGAAGAUGUGUUCGACACUGAAUUGACUUUGAAAGAUUGUGAAGAUUUCGAAGAAUCGACCAAGUUGUGGGAAUGGCCAAGCAGUUAUACUAUUUUGGGGCAGAUGUUUUGGUUGGUUUCUUGGCCUAUUUCGUUCGUGCUCAGCAUAACAACGCCCGAUUGUCGGAAGUACCCCAGGCUGUACGUACUGACUUUCAUAAUGUGCAUCUUUUGGAUAGGCAGCACAUCUUACAUGGUAGCAUGGCUGAUCACAGUCGUAGGCGAUACAUUGAAUAUACCGGAUUCGGUUAUGGGAUUGACGUUUCUGGCGGCCGGAACGAGCGUGCCGGAAGCUGUGUCCAGCGUCAUCGUCACUAAUCAGGGUCAUGGAUCCAUGGGUCUGAGCAGCUCGAUAGGAUCUAAUACUUUCGAUAUUCUGCUCUGCUUGGGUCUGCCAUGGCUCGUGAAGACCUGGUUCUAUCCCAAAGUGGCAGGAGAUCACGUCAUCGAUAUUAACUCGGGUGGGCUGACCUACAGCGCCCUCUCGCUCCUAUCCACGCUCGUCAUGUUCUACUUAAGUUUACUCUUCAACAAGUUCAAAUUGGAUUGGAAGGUCGGCCUCACGUGUCUACUCAUGUACAUCGGUUUCCUAUCGUUGGCAUCCCUCAUCGAGCUCAACACCUUCUUCCCCGUCAACCUUCCAACGUGCGACCGAUGAUCACAUUCUUCGACAAAAAGAAAAGAUUUUCUAUUUUUACCUUCGUAGUUGUAAUAACUUUAAUUUAAUUAAUUACAUAUAGUUUUGCAUGCUUAAAAUAUCUUAGUUCUAUAUUCCUUUGAUUAAAUUACAUAUAUAGGUAGAUAAAUACUGAUGGUAUAAAACGCAAUAAUUGUCAAUCACGAAAAUAAUAUUUGAUUCAUCCUCAACGGAAA